AAUAGGGUUCCGUACGACUGUUACGUAUUUUGGUGAUUAAUUUUGAGUCGUAAUAAUCAAAUAUGCGUUUCAUUAAGCACCUAAUUAGUGUAUGUGCAAUAGUGUUGUGUUAUUUACAAUUAACAAGCUCAGAGGGAGAAGCGGUUGAAAUUCAAAAACUGUUUUCCAAGUGCAAAAUGAAAUCGCCCGACUUCGACGCCUGUAUGAAACGAGUGUUUAACAAACUUCGGCCAUUUUUCAAAAAAGGUAUACCAGAAAUGGGCGUAGCACCCUUCGAUCCGCAUUUUGCUAAGGAAGUGAAGCAGGUGCGCGCCCUCUUCGGAAUGGGCUACACGCUUACUUUGAAAGAUGUGUUCGAGCGCGGCUGGUCACAGUCUACUGUUACCAAGUUUAAAACCGAUUGGGAAAAUCAGCGCAUUAUCUAUUCGCAGUAUUUUCCAGAAAAAUGGCUUGAAGGAAAUUAUGAAUUUAAGGGUGAUCUUUUCGGACUUGAAACACUGCGCUCUGGGCGGUGGAACAUGACGCUACGAGACUACUCACAGACGACGCGGAUCAAACGUAACGGUAGCGGCGUGGACGUCCACGUGGAAGUCGACCACAUCGGCGACAUGGAUAUCCAUAUCGGCAAUCUUCUCCAAGGUAGAAGCAUUAUGGAACAAGUCCUGGAUCGCAUAAUAAACGCAACAUGGAAGCCAGGUUUCGCGGUCAUAAGGCCGCUCAUCAACGACCUAGUCAGCACUGCCUUCACAGAUAUUUGGAGCAAGUCCUUUAAAGACUUCCCAGUGAAGUCGUUCAUCACAGAAUAGAAAAAUUGUGCCAGCUCAUAUACCCCUGAUGUAAAUAGAUGUGUUAUUUUUUAAUUUAAUAAUAGGUUUAUAAUAGUAUAAUAGUUUUGUACUUUCAUUAAUAGAAAAAAUAUAUUUGUACUAGUCUUCAGUAAAUUGUAAGUUAAUUUUAAGAGCACGUCUGGGAUAAAAUGCAGGCUGGCCGCAUAUUAUCUGAAAUUGUGUCAGAAAAAUCUUACACGCGCCGGAAUACGCUGGAAGGCAUUAUGCUCAUAAAUUUUGUAGUAGACAAUAUGUACUAGAUAUCGCAGAAUCAGAAUUUUGACCGAGCGGUCGUAUGCUUCUGAUGUUCACAAUUUGAGUGCGACAAAAAGUCUUCUGUCAAUUUCUGAUAAUAAUGCGGCUGGCCAAUAUCCAGUAUACCUGCACUUGAUAAGCUACACACGUAAUAUGAAUUAUUACGAUUUAGUCAGUACAGUCUUAUUAACAUUGUGUACAAUAUUUUUAAUCGCAUAAUAUAGUUUGUAAAUAAAAGUCAGUUUUAUAUUACAUAUCUCAAUAUUAUAUUUAUUAAAAAAUAUAACCUAACUAUAUAUAUGACUAUAUUUAAAUUCAAUCAACAAAUAACGCGCACGUCCAUCGAAACUGGAAUAAUCAACCUCAGUCUUCCAACACGAAUGAAUCCAACCGAACAUCUCACCAACAACAAAUGCGCCAACAAGCGUACCAACGUUCCGUGCCCUCCAUAAAUACAGCAUUAUAUAACAUUGCACCUUCAAUUUUACAUUGAACCAAAUAAAGUAUUACACAAAAACGUGUCGAAAAUGUUCCUAUUAUAUUCACAAUCUUGUUUCUUAACUAAAUUAACAUUGUGUUAUUGCCAAUUUGUUAAGUCAUUGAUUCAUAGUCAAGUCUGCAAUGUAUAGGCGGCCGCACUGCAAUGCAAAAAUGCGCUUGAAACUUAGGAUGAGAUUUAUAGAGCGCACUUUGACUUUGCUCACACUUAAGAUGGGGUUAAAACGAGACAGAUUUAUGUGAGACAUAUACAUUCUGUCUCGUUUUAACUCUGCCUUGAGUCUAAGCAAAGUCAGAGUGCGCUCUAUAGAUCACAUCUCAUAACAUUUCAGGACCACGCUAAAAAGCACUAACCCAAUACUGAAAAGAUGAAAAUAUGCAAUUACAAGUUGCAUUUUUAACAAUAGUGCGCAGCAUUGCGUCCCACUAAAUUGCGCAUUCUAUAAUAAAAUUAUAUUUUACUGCGUGUGCGAAAUUUAAAAAAGCAACAUAAGUACUUGAGUCACUAGUAAUAAAAAAAAGUGAUCCUAUAAGGGUUCCGUUUUUCCUUUUGAGGUACGGAACCCUAAAAAACAAGUAGGACAAUAAUUAUUAUAUUCUCUUUCACAGUUCAAGAUGCUUUGGUCAUGAUGGUUUAUUCUUUUUUUAUAAACGAGAGGUGAUACUGGAACAAUUAGACUAUUUAUUAAAUUGAAUUCGAAUUGACACGAAUAUUUUAUGCAAAUAAUUUCCUGCGCUUUAAUGCUUAAAUUUACACAUAUUAGGAGACACCAUUAUUUCAUUGCGCUUAACAGAUAAUCCAGUACUCAAUAUACAAACAUAAAUUGUUAAGAUAGGGGCUUACAAAAACAAACUCCGGGUGUCUAUUAUCCAGAUUUCUAAAGUGCGUGCCAAACAAGUAGUCCAUCAGAAAACUAGGCAGAUUGCGCACUAUACAAAAAAUAGAUCUCAGCUAGGCUUGUGUGUGUCCUUAGUCUAUGACCUGCACAAACCGCCAUAUUCUUCAAAUUGGACUACUUGUUUUGCGCAUACUACUCGAUUAAAUAUGGAAUUUAAAUAUAGUUGUUUUUACCCAUCGCAAGUAAGAAUAAACCAACAACGCAAUUUCAACAAUAUAUUGUCUGAAUUGAAACAUGUUACUACAUUAGGACCCUGUGGAGCGUCGAAUUGGACGCAUUGUCUCUUGUAUGGACUAAAAUCGUUGUAACAGUUUUUUUAUACAUUGGUUGCUCUGGCAGUUCAUUUCGAACGGACACACUUUCUGCUUGAAAUGAACUACAAUUCGAUUUCUAUAAUAAGCGUAAAGUAUGAGGUUUAUCUUAAAUAUAUUACAAUUUAAUAAAUAGACCGACAUUGUCACCGCGUCCGUAUCCAAAUAUCUAACAAAGGAACUUAAAAGUUAAACAAAGCCAACGGUACUGUUGAAAAUACAGAAUACGAAAACAGACGAUUCCAAUUAUUUUCAAAUACUUUUUGUCUUUGCACUUGCUGUUUACAUGCUGCCGUGUAUGUUAAACAAAAUGACGCUAGUAAAGAUUACAGAAGUUACGGUUUCUCAUUUUCUGAUAAAAUGUGGAUAGCCAGCUGAGUAAUGUGUGAAAAGUUUAUUACAUUGCUUGUAUGCUGUCGACCUUUAUCUAAAUAACUCUAAAAAGUAGUUAUUGAGUUAUCACCAAAAAAGCGAGAUAAUUUUCAAAUAAUUAUUAACAUUUUAUCAGAAAAUGUAGAACCAUAACUUUUGUAAUCUUCUGUCGUUUAUUAUAAGUAAUAAACUCUAGGUUUGAUAUAGGGAUGUUUAGAAUUAUCCCGUAACACUGUGUUUAGCCCAGUUUGCACUCAAACGGAACACCUCCCCUUUCCACAGAGGAGAGGUGUUCAGUUGACCAAUCAGAUUUUUAGUGGAUGAUGUGAAAUUAUCCCGUCAUCUUUAAAUUUGAUUAGUCAACUAAACAUAUCUCUGUUUACGUGAAAACUGGGCCUAUGUAUGAUCGAAAACUAUACACAAUGUUUACAAAUUAUAUUUCAGCAUUUAUACAGAAACUGCAAGUACAAUAAUUGAUCUUAUAAUCUGAUAGUGAGAGGCUUUAAAGACAAUCUUCACGCACAAUAUAUUAAUUUAUCCUAUUUCCAGAAACAUGUAUCUAUAAAAUAAAUUAUUAAAUGAUAAAGAGUA